CAUCUGCGUAUGUUAAUAUUAAAAUAAUUUGUUUCUCUUUUUCACCUUGCCUGUGUUCUCUCUGUAGCUGACUGCUUAAGUAAAUAAUUGAAACAUUGCUCUUUUAUCUUAAGGAUUUGUAACAUACCUAAGAUCUUAUGGUAUAGAAUUCUAUAAUAAAAUGAAACUUUUUUCUUUUCCAGGUUCAGCUCAGCUCAUAUUUAACAUAACUAAAUCUGUAGAAUACACCAACUGCAAUACAACUGUGGUCAUCCCAUGCGUUGUUAUUAAUGUGGGGGCAUUAAGCCUUAAAGAAAUGUUUGUAAAGUGGAAAUAUGGAGGAAAACAAUUUUUCGUCUAUGAAGGAGAGACAAAUAUUAUCACCCACACCAACACCAACUUUUCGAGUGCAGAAAUCGUACCAGAAGCACUACUAAAUGGCAUUGCCUCAUUGAAGUUGGAUCCGAAGGAGGCUGUCCCAGGAAACUACACGUGUGAAGUAACAGAAUUAAGCAGAGAAGGCGAUACCACCAUAGAACUAAAAUAUCGUGUUGUUUCAUGGUUUUCUCCAAAUGAAAAUAUCCUUAUUGUCAUUUUCCCAAUGUUGGCUGUACUUCUGUUCUGGGGACAGUUUGGUAUAGUGACACUUAAAUAUGCCUCCAGUGUUGCGAAGGAGAAAACCAUCCUUCUGUUCGUCACUGGGCUGCUGCUCACUACGUUCGUCAUUGUGGGAGCCAUUCUCUUCGUGCCUGGUGAAUAUUCAACAAAGAGGGCCAGUGGACUUGGUUUAAUUGUCGUUCCUACUGUGAUAUUGAUAUUGCUUCAGUACUCUGUGUUUAUGAUAUCUCCAGCUAUCGGGAUGUCGUCCUUCAGCAUUGCCAUACUGAUCCUGCAGCUGCUGGGCUUCGUGCUCUCUGUGGUUGGACUAAGCCUCUGUGUCUCAGAGUGUACACCAAUGCACGGCCCUCUUCUGAUUUCAGGUUUGGGUAUUAUAGCUUUAGCAGAAUUACUUGGAUUAGUUUAUAUGAAAUUUAUUGCUUCCAAUCAGAGGACUAUACAGCCUCCUAGGAAAGCUGUAGAGGAACCCCUUAAUGCAUUUAAAGAAUCAAAAGGAAUGAUGAAUGAUGAGUAACUAAAUUGAAGAGAUGGACUCUGAUUCAGAGAGUAGUAAGACAAGAAAGGAAUGCACUUGUGUUUAAGCAUCAUGGCCUUGAUUCACCCACUGUUCAAGAGAAGAAAACAAGAAAAGCAAUUGACUGUCAUCAUAAGAGAAAAUAAAUCAUGGACUUUUAAAUGGUUAUUAUGGCUAAGUUUUUAUUCAAACCCUUUGUGAUUUAGUUAAUAAAAGAAUCAUGAUGUGUUGUGUGCCCAAUGGAGAUCCAGUUUUUUAUUGUUACUUUUCUUCAAUUAAGGGCAAAAGUAGAGUGGUCAACUUCCAAGAAUGAUGCCUUUCAGAUCCUAGGACUUCUUGACUCUAGGUCCCACCAGUGUAAAUUGGUUCAACGUGAGAAUUACCUGGCACUAACCUGUUGGUUACUCAGAGACAUCGCUGAAAAACAGUGGCUUCCACUGAACCUUAGCAAGCUCAAGUUCACAGCCACUUUGCCAGUUAUGGUGUUAGCUGAAUAAUGUGUCUGCCACUUCUAGGUCAAGGGAAUAGCAAACAUUAAGUAGGGAUAGGAAUUUGGUUGGAAACAUGUUGUAUUUUGCUUAUAUGUGAUGUGAUACUGAUGGAAAUCAUGGUAUUCAUUCUUGGAGGUUGCCAUUCACACAUUCUUCCUUCAGCGGAUUUAGGGUAAUUUUAUUGACGGAUGUCUUUUUCUUUUUACUCACACAACCUUUUAAACCCUGUCUUGUCCUCCUGUUAUUUGCUUCUGCUGUGCAAGAUGUAGCACCUUUUCUCCUCUUUGAACAUGGUCUAGUGACAUGGUAGCAUCAUUGCAGAAAGGAGCCAGACUUGUUCUCAGAGAACUCUGUUCACACUUUUCAGCAAAAAUAGCUAUGGUUGUAACAUAUGUAUUCCCUUCCUCGGAUUUGAAGGCACAAUCUACGGUGUUUCUUCACUUCUUUUCUGAUUUGGGGCAUGAAAAACCAAGAUUGAGGUUUUUAACUAUGUGUCCCCUGCAUGGCAACAUUCUGUGUGUCACUGUCAGGCCAAUAGGCCGGCCCUCGAAAGGGUAGUUUUAUCGCUAUUGUAUCUAUGUUGCAUGAUGAACACUCAUCAUCUUCCUCCUGUAGUCCUGCCUCGUAUUCCCCUGACUCCAAGAUUGAAAAAACACGACCCCCACGUUUUGUACCCCGUUAGAAGAAAAUUAACAUUCUGACAGCUGUGAUCGCCUGGAGUACUUUUAGAUUCUUAGCACUCGUUUCCUCCUUUGUGGGUGUGUGUGUGUGUGCACAUGUAUAAGGUAGGCACAUGCAUCUUCUGUACGGACGAUAGUGGGGUACCUGCAGGAGAGCAAAUGCUCAUGUAUGCUGUGUGCAAAAGCAUUUAAAAACAAAGAUCUUUAUUGGGUGGGAUUAUAUUGGAUGAGAAUAUUUGAUCACUUAAAACUUUUAAAACUUCUAGGUAAUUUGUCCAAUCUUUUGACUGCUCACCAAUACCCUCUAAAAAUACUAGUGGUUUGCCCUGCUUGUGUAAUAAUAAGACUUGCAUAUUUGUAGUUAUAUUAUGAAUAGUUAUUUCUCAGUCCACUGAGUGUGCCCAUGUGCCUCUUUUAUGCCAAAUUGAUUGUCAUAUUUCAUGUUGGGACCAAGCGGUUUGCCCAGGGCAAACCAGAAUUUAUGAUCUUCGGAUGCCUCUCAGAAAACCGAACACACUAUGAAGACAGCGCUUCUUGGAAAAAAAUAAAUAAAAGGAAAUUAGUAUUUCCCUGUUUGUGUUGCUGUCCAAAAUAUUAUCAUAUGUAGAGGGAGCUGUAUUCCUUUAUACAAAUCGCAUGGCUCCUGCUGCUCUUUCUUCCUUCUGAAAAUAUUUAUAUUUUAGUAAUAUCGUUUGUUACUGUUCAUACUUGAUGAAAGGGAAAAAGCAGAUGGGCUUGAAAUAAAACAUCCAAACUCUUCUUCUCUAUUAAGAAAGAGUCAGGCAUGAAAAUCUCUGUACUGAACUUUUUUAUAAACCAAUGUCGUGCCCUUUAAUACGCAGUAAGCUCUCCUUUAUGUGGGUGCAGCCUUGGGACUUACCCGUCCUUUUGUUCCAUGCUGCCUGUCUUGUGAGGCACUCACUGCACGAGACAACGAGGGAGCAGGAAAGAGGCCAGACGACACCAACUCCUGCUCUUCCUAGUUGUCAGCUUCUCUGGUAAUGGGACCACAGCGGGAGCAACCCUCUUGCUUGGGCAUCAUUGGGCCAGUUUUUUCUCAUUCAGUCAGACUUGUAAUGGCUCCCAACUUUCUGUCACACCUAAUUAAAAUUGUUUUGGGCAUCACAUAUCAUUCCCCCCCCUCCAUAAUCUGCUUUUUACUCACUGAUCUGAUUUUUUACCAUUGACUCUUCUAUUCAAUUUUAUUUAUUGUGUGUCCUCAGAGGGAUGCCAUUUGUCAUUUUUGCAACAACCGUUUCAACCUUCCCGGCCAAAUCAAAUUUUCCCUCUGCCUCAAAACAUUAUCCUUCAGCUCUCCCUUCCCCGCUGGCUCCCCUUUGCAGUCCGCCCCCACCCGCCUCGCUGCCUCUUUCAUCUCGACUCACCUUUCCUGGUACGUCACGUGUCUCUGCUGAGCCCUGUUGGUUGUCAUGCUUUCUGUCACUCAAUUUGAAAAGUCCUCCAUAGCAAGAGCCUUUAUUUUGUUCCUGUCUCUUCCUGCAGUGUUUUGCAUACAUUAGAUACUCAGUAUAUGUUUGAUGACUGCGAGUUGGCUGUAUGUAGACUUCCCACUAUUUUUAAUAGGGUGAGCUAGAGAGUUUUCUCUUUCUUUGACAAAUUUCACAUACUCUGAAAACCCUCAAAGGAGAUAAUUUUUCACCUGGAAACUCCAGGUUCAAUCUGUUAAAACUUCUGAGAAUGUCAGAAUUCAAAUGAUGAGGCUAUCCCAUCAUUGGAAGGAUGGUUGUUUUUAGGAAAGCUGUAGUCAGUUUAGUGACCAAACAAAUUGUGGCUUGAUUAAUAAAGCUCAAAAGUGAUAAGUUUACUCCUCCAUCUCAGAAAGAAUUAAGCUGUAUACCACUUCUAGAUUUCUCUUGUUCUAAAACGAGUACUCAAAAAUGGGUAUCUGCGGUGUUACGUAUGGUAAUACAUAGCCCCUUGUCUACCUACCCUUGGAAACUAGAGAAAUGAUUGUUGGGCAAUCCUUUAUUUUCUUAUUGUGUUUUAUUUGAUGGUAUGUUGAGAAACAGUUUUACAUGUGUCAUAUUUUCAAAAUCAGUAACUGCCAUCUGCCACUGGGGUCCUUUGUCAUUUUCCAUGGCUAACGGGGAUAACCCAGGUAACUUUCAAGAGAUGAGCAGUGAGUGGGCAGUUUUCCUGCCUUUGGUUUGUGACAGCUCCUACUUAUUUAAGACCAGCUUUCCCAUAAAUGUAGCCUUUUGAAAAAAAGAGAGCAUUUGUAAUAAGCUUCUCUGUAAGGUAACAUCAGUGGAAUCUUAGUCAUGUUGUUUUUAGGGUUGGCGAGAGAGGGAAACAUUUUUGUUUUUAUUAAAUGGAGCAUUAUUUACAAGAAGCCAUUGUUGAGAAUUAGAUCCCAUACCAGAUGAAUACCCAUUAACCAUUCUAAGUACAGAAAACUCCAGUGUUGCUAUGUGCGAGAUCCUCUCUUGGGGGCUUUUUUCCAUAGCAAUUAAAGGUGUGCUGUUUGUCAGUAGCCGUUUUUCGCAGUGAUUUAAAGACCAAAGUUGUUUUACAGCUGUGUUACCGUUAAAGUUUUUUUUUUUUUAAAUAUGUAUUAAAUCAAUUUAUCACUGUUGAAGCUUUGAAUAUCUGCAAUCUUUGCCAAGGUUACUUUUUUAUUUAAAAAAGCAUAACUUUGUAAAUAUUACCCUGUAAUAUUACAUAUACUUAAUAAAACACUUUAAGCUAU